UGAGGCAAAAACGGACGCCGCACCCGGACCCAUUAUUCCCCAGCCGCUGCCACCGGGUACCUGCCGGGGCUCCGGGUUUGUCCUGUGCGCCCCUCGCCAUGCGCGUCGGGCUCUUCGACUCUCCAGAUCAGUUCCAGCUCGGUGGCUUCGGGAGUACAGGUCCGGAUACCUCUAGCUGAAAUAGUUGGGUGGCCAAGAAGGGGUCUCCACGUCGGGGACGCGGCAGAGACCUGCGGAGUUGGCGUCCGAGCGCGUAGAGCGGGGCCACCCGCGCCGCUCCACCAUUACCUCCCCAGGCGGCAAGGAGGAGCUGGUGGCGGUCGCCUCCCGGCUGUGGCAGCGGCGGCGGCGCGCCUGUUUGGCGGCCGUCGGCGUGCUCCUGGCCAUGGCACUGGGGCUGCUGAUCGCGGUGCCUCUGCUGCUGCAGGCGGCGCCCCCCGGAGCGGCUCACUAUGAAAUGCUGGGCACCUGCCGCAUGAUCUGUGACCCGUACAGCGUCGCUCCCGCAGGGGGACCCGCAGGCGCCAAGGCUCCACCUCCGGGACCCAGCACCGCUGCCCUGGAAGUUAUGCAGGACCUCAGCGCCAACCCCCCGCCUCCGUUUAUCCAGGGACCAAAGGGUGAUCCGGGGCGACCAGGCAAGCCGGGGCCUCGGGGUCCUCCUGGAGAGCCAGGGCCGCCUGGGCCCAGGGGUCCCCCGGGAGAGAAGGGAGACUCGGGGAGGCCAGGGCUACCCGGACUACAGUUGACAACUAGUGCGGCCGGUGGCGUUGGAGUGGUGGGUGGUGGAGCCGGGGGCGGUGGCGACACGGAGGGAGAAGUGACCAGUGCGCUGAGCGCCGCCUUCAGCGGUCCCAAGAUUGCCUUCUACGUGGGACUCAAGAGCCCCCACGAAGGCUACGAAGUGCUCAAGUUCGACGAUGUGGUCACCAAUCUUGGCAAUCACUACGACCCCGGCACGGGCAAGUUCAGCUGCCAGGUGCGCGGCAUCUACUUCUUCACCUACCACAUCCUCAUGCGUGGCGGCGACGGAACCAGCAUGUGGGCGGAUCUCUGUAAGAACGGGCAGGUGCGAGCCAGCGCCAUAGCCCAGGACGCGGACCAGAAUUACGAUUACGCCAGCAACAGCGUGGUGCUGCACCUGGAUUCGGGCGACGAAGUCUAUGUGAAGCUGGAUGGCGGGAAGGCUCAUGGGGGCAACAACAACAAGUACAGCACGUUCUCGGGCUUUCUCUUGUACCCGGAUUAGGGGCGUAGAGGGCCCGAGACCCCGGUGGCUUUCAGACCACCCCAUCCCUACAGGGGCGCGCUCGGCUCUUUGAGUGAACGCCACUCUGCGGCUUCAUGACACUUCCUGACAUCUCCGUUGGAAAAGACAUAUCCCUGCUGUCCUACUUGUCCUGCCUCAGGCCUCAGUGUGUCUCUGAUUCACCACACUGGAGGGAGGCUGUGUCCCUGGUCCCAUUGCCCAUCCUGGGGAGGGAGAGGGAACACUCAAGUGGGGAGUUAGGCGAGAGCUCUAGCCGGGUAGUUGUUGGGCAGCCCAGACAUGAGAAAGCUGACUG